CGACGAGUGAGUAUCGUUUGAUCUUCUUCAUAAUUAUUAAUACAUUUAAAUAUAUAAAUAGUUCUUUCUAAUAUUAUAAAAUUUAUUUAAAUUAUUAUAUGUGUAAUACGUAAUGUAGUAGUGACAUACAAUAAUGCGAAUUAAUAGCGUUUAUAAUUUUUGAGAAUUAUUCUUUUCAACGUUAAUCGACUAUUUAUAUAUUUAUGUUAUUGUAUAACGUAAGAUUUUUAAUCGUUAUUUUAAUAACAUUAAAAGAUUGUUACCAACAUACUUCGAUUGCAGCGACUCGUUGCGGUUAUGUUUGUGAUCGAAUCAGAAAAAUGAAAAGUUAGGUUAGUUUGUAUUUCUGAAAUCGUUGAUAUUUCCUUGUGAUUAUUAUAUUGUAUGAAAAAGUGUUAUAAAUUCGUUUUCGUGCAGCUUAGUAUAGGUUAAUUAUAUUGAAUUGUUCGUUCUUCGAUUAUAUAAUUAUGGCUUCUUCAUGUUUGAUUUUACAACGAGGUAUCUCAACUUCGUGUGUUAAUUAUGGAAAGCGUAAUUUUCGUAAAUUUUUACUUCUUAAUAAACGAGGUAGUCGAGAUUUCAAAAAAAAGCAAGCUACAGAUCCUUAUCCGGAAUAUCCAAUAGACAAAAGGGGAGUGAGGGAUACAGGUGUCUUGGUAGAAAAUAGAUGGAUUCAUAUACCAGAAAUGGUACCUGAACUUAUUGUCCCAUCUUUAGAAGGUUUUACUUUGAAACCGUACGUAUCAUAUAAGGCAGAGGGUAUUAGUCAAGGAGAAUAUACCGCUAGAGAUCUUUUUAACGAGGUAUAUGCUAAAAAGAUUCAAGAGGAUUUUAAUAAACAAGAAUUGCAUCCCAACGGAGAUUCUAUGAAUCCCAGUGAAUAUGAAAAACUUACUCCACAAGAAGCAGCAGACCGUGCUAAAAGAACUGGUACUGAUAUCUUUUGUGAAGAUGGAUAUAAAGACAGUACUGUUUCCUAAGAGGUAUUUUCGUAUCGUUUGGUAGCAAUGAGAUGCAUCAAAACAUGAUAAAAGUUUGAAAUUAAGUGCGAUGUAAUAUUUGAUGUUACAAUAAAUUAUAAAUAAGUAUUUCUAUAUA